UGGUCGCUGAACAUCUGCGUCCUGUGUGCGCUUGUGCAGGUUCAGUCCAUCAUCACAGGGACGAGUAUUAUUAUAAGGCCUAGAAUUUAAUAGAAAAACAGUCUGCUGCAUUAGAUAUCGUAACAAAUGCACAUCUGACACGCUACCUGCAAACAACAACAUCCGGAUAAGAAUGGCUGAAUUACCGAUGGGGAAAGGGGUUUCCGCAGGGAAAAUCGCGAGCAAUGUACAGAAAAAAAUCACCAGGGCUCAGGAAAAGGUUCUCCAAAAGCUUGGCAAGGCAGACGAGACUAAAGAUUUGGCUUUUGAAGAGGGUGUGAUCAACUUUAAUAAACAGCUGGCUGAAGGUUCCAAACUGCAGAAGGACCUUCGAGCCUAUCUGUCUGCCGUUAAAGCCAUGCAUGAGUCUUCUCGACAUCUAUACGAGUGCCUGGAUGACAUGUAUGAGUCUGAUUGGUAUGGCAGAAAGGACAUGGACUCCAUCGUAGAGGACUCAGAUCUCCUCUGGACAGAUUUCCAUCAAAAACUAGUGGAUCAUGCGCUUAUAUCCAUGGACACUUACCUGGGCCAAUUUCCUGACAUCAGGGCCCGCAUUGCAAAGCGUGACCGGAAACUAGUGGACUUUGACAGUGCCCGACACAAUUAUGCUGCGGUAAACAAAGGCAAGAAAAAGGAGGGGAUUAAGAUCACCAAGCCAGCAUCUCUGCUGGAAAGGGCCGCCCCAGGCUGGGCUCAGGGGAUCCUGUCAGCCCAUAAUGUAGCACAGACCAAUCUCACCAGGAGUCAGGCAGAGGAAGAAUUGGAGAGGGCACAGAAGGUGUUUGAGGAGAUUAAUAUAGAUUUGCAGGAGGAACUGCCGUCGCUGUGGAACAGUCGUGUUGGCUUUUAUGUGAACACUUUCCAGAGCGUGGCUGGUUUGGAGGAGAAGUUUCACAGAGAAAUGGGAAAAAUUAAUCAGAAUCUGAAUGAUACACUGCAGAAAUUAGAAGAUCAUGAAAUGUCCAGAAAAACAGGUAGCCAAAGGGUGAGGACAUCAGCAGUCCAGAGGAGUGAGAUAACACAAGAGGCCAAUCACACUUUGAGCCCAGGAGGACCACCGGCCAUUCCCAAAUCACCAUCUAAGCUAAGGCCUGCCGUUCCUCCACCUCCAAAAGUUACUCCAUCAAUGGACAUGAAGCAGGAGAGCAUUAUUAAUCUGUUUGAAGAAGCUGCCACUCCAAACAUCAGUGUCACUUCGCCAACGCAGUAUGAAGCUCCAGCCACUGCUAAUCUGCUGGACAUGGACCUGGACUCACUUCAGGCUGCCACCACCCCUGCAGCACAGAAUUGGGAUUCAUUGGAGCAAGCAGAGAGGAAUGCUGAGGUGCCUCAGACAUGGGACGAUGAUGUUACCCAGCCUGUGCACACUGGCUGGGGCGAUGAUGGUACCCAGGCUACCUGGGAUGAUGAUGGUAGACUACCUGUGCGUGCUCCGGCCGCAUACACCACCUGGGAUGAUGAUGGCUCCCAGCCUGUACAGGGGGAUGCAUUUGAUUCUACCCAGAAGGCCCAGGGGUGGGACGAUGAUGGGGCUCAGGAUGCAGUAAAGGAAGCUGCUGCUACAGAAAAGCCAGCAGCCGAAACUACAGUAGAGACAGCUGCUGAAAGUGUAGAGAUGCCUGAAAAGUUCCUGUUCAAAGUGAAAGCGAUGCAUGACUACAAUGCUAAUGAUUCUGAUGAGCUGGAGCUGAAGGCCGGAGAUGUGGUGCUGGUGAUGACCUUUGAAAAUCCAGAUGAGCAGGAUGAAGGGUGGCUGAUGGGAAUGAAAGAGUCAGACUGGAUUCAGUCUAAAGACCAUGGGAAAAAAGGCGUCUUUCCGGAAAAUUUCACACAGAGGAUUUGAGAGCUUGGCUCUCCUACUGAUCUGUGACACUUUAACCCCUGCUGUUUCUCUAUGAAUCCUUGUUUCACCUUUGAGCUUUCCUUGACAAGGCAGCGAAGAUAAACUGUAAUACUCCAACAAAUGUGAACCCACAGGUUGGUUAUGUGUGUGGAAGUGAAGUUUGCAUUGUCAGGUCAAUCUCUAUGUUGUUUUGGGUCUCACAGUGUUUCAUCAGCCUCUCCUUUAUAAUGUGAAGUGACUUUCUGUUAUAUAGUUUUGCCUUUUCUAAAUAAAAGCUUUCAGUUGCAUAGCAAAAGAUAGGAACUCGUCUAAUACUUUGCAGUAGAUGUUUUUAGACUACCCAGUCUUAAGAACUGUCCCACAAGCUCACAAAACAUACACAUACUGUAAGUAGUCUCUGUAGUGAGCAUUUGAGGUGCAUUUUAGCAAACCAUAGUUAAAUAACAGGUGGGAACAUGCUGUAUUUUUUGUGAAUAACUCCUCUAUUAAUUACAUAAUCCUGUAGUAUGAGAGUACAGAGAGACUAAAGUCUCCACUUAGACUAAAGUACUAAAUGUUUCCCACCUUUUACCCCUACUAUCUACCGCCUACCAAACCAUAUGCAGAUAUUUAUAUGCAGGUAAUAUUGAAACUAAUGAGGCUGAUAUAUUUAACCCCAGACUCUUGCUCAGGUUAACCUGUGUGCUGACGCUCAGCUUAUUAUUCAUACUCGAUAUUACUAUCCACAGAUCCUUUUGAAUAAGCCAUUUCAGAUAUCUCUGAUUAUUUUACUUCACUGUGCAAAGGGAGUCAUAUACAAAUAUUAUGUCCGCCCAGUAAAACAUGCUUUAUAUUCUGUAAACUACUAUAAAGUAUAAACUACAGUUGUAUUCUUUUCUUAUGUGAUGCAAUAAUGUCUACACAGAUCUUUAUUAUGAAUUGUGUUCAUAGACGCGUGUCAGAGUUAUAUAUAUCCGUGAUUUAAAAAGGCGAGGAUAUUAACACUUGUAACAUGGUGCAACAGUUAAAGGAAUAGUCCAUUUUCUU